AAUAAACACAAAAAUGGCGACAGUCACGUUACAGCUGCUGCGUCACCAGCUCUUCCUCCUGUAACUGCGGGUGCAAGGAGGCUGCCGGACUCGGGGUGAUGCUGACCGGGAAGAGGGUGCAGAGAUGCAAGGCUGGAGCGGCUGGCGGCGCUGUCUGCGACCAUUCCGGGGGUCUCUGCCCUCCAAUCCCUCCAGGCAGGCGGCAGGGCUCCACAGCGCUUGCAACGUGCCAGCAGCUACAUCCACGAUACUUAAACUUGGUUACCUUUUGGACGAAGACCCUACCCAUCGUGGCAGAGCUGAUGUGCUGGAUGGACGCUCACGUGGAAACCACAUGGGAUGUAAUCAGUUUUGCAGCAUUGGCCGUAUGCAUUAAACAGAAGAGAUGUUUCUAGUCUGAGUGCGCCGUAAAGUUCAACAGCCAUGGCUUUCUGCGCAAAAAUCCGAAAUGCUAGGAAGUAUGAAGUAGAUGCAGCUCCUCCUAAAGGGGUGGAAAUAAAUUUUUACCUGGGAGACAAGUCGCCUAUCCUGUUUACAGAAGGGACGUGUACGGCGGAGGACCUGCUCAUCGAAGCCGCCCGGAAAUGCAAUAUCUCUCCAUUGUGCCACAACCUGUUUGCGCUUUACAGUGAGAAGGAUGAACUCUGGUUGCCUCCAAAUCACCUCUUCAAGAUAGAUGUCAGUACAUCUCUGAAACUUUACUACCGGGUCAGAUUUAUUUUUACUAAUUGGCACGGCACAAAUGAAAAUGAGCCUUCAGUCUGGAGAUAUUACCCCAAAAAGCAGAAAGACAACUAUGACAGCAAGCAGGCCCCCGAUGGGACCCCGAUCCUUGAUGCCAGCUCCUUGGAUUAUAUUUUUGCACAGGGUCAGUAUGAGUUGGUGAAAUGUCUGGCGCCUGUUCGAGAUCCAAAAAGUGACCAUGAGAUGCAUGAAAUAGAGAAUGAGUGCCUUGGGAUGGCAGUGCUAGCAAUCUCUCACUACGCCAUUAAGAAGAACAUGCAGCUGCCAGAACUCCCCAAAGAUAUAAGUUACAAAAGAUAUAUUCCAGAGACGUUAAACCGGACCAUCAAACAGAGGAACAUCCUCACCCGGCUGAGGAUCAACAAUGUCUUCAGGAACUUUCUGAAGGAAUUCAACAACAAAACCAUCUGUGACAGCAGCGUCUCACCCCAUGAUCUGAAGGUGAAGUACAUGUCCACCCUGGAGACACUGACCAAAAAUUAUGGUGCAGAGAUCUUUGAGACGUGGUUAUUGAAUAUUACCUCAGAAAAGCCAUAUAAAAGUCAUGAGGUGCAUGAAGUCAUGGUCACCGGGAAUGACGGGAUUCUGUGGAGGCCGAAGCCAGCGCAAUCGUUCUGCCUCCAGCCGGAACCCAAUGAAAAAGAGAAAAAAACUAAGAAGAAGAAAGACAGUAAAAAUAAAAGCGAUUCAAAGGCGAACAACAAGAAUCAGUGGACCUACUUCUCCUACUUCCCCGAAAUCACUCACAUCGUUGUAAAGGAGGAUACAGUCAUCAUAAACAACCAGGACAACAAGUGUAUGGAACUGAAAGUCUCCUCUCCAGAGGUGGCGCUCUCCUUCACAGCUUUGGUUGACGGCUACUUCAGACUCACGGCAGACGCUCACCACUAUCUCUGCACUGACGUCGCUCCUCCUCUGAUCGUGCACAACAUAAUGAAUGGUUGUCAUGGUCCAAUAUGUACGGAAUAUGCCAUAAAUAAACUCCGACAAGAAGGCAGUGAAGAGGGGAUGUACGUAUUGAGGUGGAGCUGCACGGAUUUCAGUCACAUUCUUAUGACUGUGGCCUGCUCCAAAAUAUCCCAGUACGAAUCCAAGAAUCUGAAACAAUACAAAAAUUUUCAAAUCGAAGUCAGAGACAAGACGUACUGUUUACUGGGCUCGGACCGUGUCUUCGACAACCUGAAGCAGCUGAUGGAGCACUUAAAGGGGCAGGUCCUUAGGACAGAUGACGUAAGCUUCACGCUGAAAAGAUGUUGCCCUCCUAAACCAAGAGAAAUUUCAAACCUUCUGAUUGCAACAAAGAAGGCAAUGGACUGGCAGCCGGUGUACCACAUCAGCCAGCUGAGCUUCCACAGAAUUCUUAAAGAUCAGAUUUUACAAAUGGAGCAUCUGGGAAGAGGAACCAGAACUCAGAUCUAUGCAGGAAAACUCAACUACAGAGAUGAUAACGACAGCGAACCAAGCGGUUCAGAAAAAGACAUUAAGGUCAUCCUGAAAGUACUGGACGCCAGCCACAGGGAUAUCUCUCUGGCAUUUUUUGAGACGGCGAGUCUUAUGAGGCAGGUGUCCCACAAGCAUAUUGUCCUGCUCCACGGCGUAUGUGUACGAGAUGUGGAAAAUAUCAUGGUUGAAGAAUUUGUGGAUUUUGGCCCCCUGGAUCUGUUUAUGCACCGAAAGAGUGAACUUCUCACAACUCCAUGGAAAUUCCAGGUUGCCAAGCAGCUUGCAAGUGCCCUCAGCUAUCUGGAAGAUAAAGACUUUGUGCAUGGAAACGUCUGUACAAAGAACAUCCUACUAGCCAGAGAAGGGAUUGACAACGAGUGUGGUCCAUUUAUAAAGCUGAGUGACCCCGGCAUCCCAAUAACUGUGCUCACUAGACAAGAGAGAGUGGAACGGAUUCCCUGGAUUGCUCCAGAAUGUGUUGACGACUCCAGAAUAUUGAGCGUUGCAGCGGAUAAGUGGAGUUUUGGGACCACAUUGUGGGAAAUCUGCUUCAAUGGAGAGGUUCCUCUGAAGGAUAAGACGCUGGCAGAGAAAGAAAGAUUUUAUGAAGGCGGUUUCAUGUUAACAAAACCUUCAUGUGUGGAGCUGGCCAAUCUGAUCAUCAACUGCAUGAACUACGACGCCAACAGAAGACCCUUCUUCCGAGCAAUAAUGAGGGAGAUCAAUAAGCUGGAGGAGCAGAAUCCAGACAUUGUUUCCGAAACUUCUCAUUUUACACAAGUUGAUCCAAGCUUGUUUGAGAAGAGGUUCCUGAAGAGAGUUCGGGACUUGGGAGAGGGACACUUUGGGAAGGUGGAGUUAUGUCGAUACGAUCCUGAAGGUGAUAACACCGGGGAGUUGGUGGCUGUAAAAUCCCUGAAGCCAGGAACAGGAGGAACCCACAUCUCCGACCUCAACAAGGAGAUCCAGAUCCUGCGCAAUCUGUACCAUGAUAACAUAGUCAAGUACAAGGGGAUCUGUGCUGAGGACGGUGGCAGCGGCAUUAAAUUAAUCAUGGAGUAUCUUCCUUCUGGAAGUCUAAAGGAAUAUUUGCCGAGGAACAUCAACAAGAUAAACCUAAAGCAGCAGCUUCAGUAUGCCAUUCAGAUCGCAAAGGGCAUGGCUUAUUUGGGCUCCUGUCAGUACGUCCAUCGCGAUUUAGCUGCAAGAAACGUCCUGGUGGAAAACGAGCACAGAGUGAAGAUCGGAGACUUUGGAUUAACCAAAGCGAUUGAAACGGACAAGGAGUAUUACACGGUGAAGGACGACCUGGACAGUCCGGUGUUCUGGUACGCCCCCGAAUGUUUGCUGCACUGCAAGUUCUACAUCGCCUCCGACGUCUGGUCAUUCGGAGUCACCUUGUAUGAAAUACUGACCUACUGUAAUUCUGAGUACAGUCCAAUGACGAUGUUUCUCAAAAUGAUUGGACCAACUCAAGGCCAGAUGACAGUCACUCGUCUCGUCAGGGUUUUGGAAGAAGGAAAACGUCUACCUCCUCCUAAAAACUGCCCUGAUGAGGUCUAUCAACUGAUGAAGAAAUGCUGGGAGCAAAACCCAAGUAAUCGCGAUUCCUUCCAGACCUUAAUCCAAGGCUUCACAGAUCUGAUAAAUAAGAUGUAACUUGGGUGGAAGACGACUAGAAUUGCUGCUCCCAUGGAUGCAUAAUCUAUAUCCAGAACGUCAGUCUUCCUGUGCGAGACUAAAGCCUUUCUACUGGACGGUUCGGCACCAGUGGGGCUUAACCAGUGACCUACGCACAGUGCCCAAAGACACCUGCCUGGGUUAUCCCAUGAACCAUAUGAAUACAUAGACUGUGGAAUCCAUUCUGAAGAUAUUCAGUUCUUGACCCUUCUGGAUCUUUCUGCUUCAGCCGAAGGGCAAACAAGGGAGCAGACCACAGACUCGGAGCGACAGCACUUAAGACUCAGCAUCACAUUAUAGUUCAUCAUAUCUGUAUAUCAUCUUAUAGUGAUGCAGGAAUGGUUUAUGGCUUUUCUUGGAAUUUCAGCUCUACCACCUGAGAUUGGUGCCAUAUAGUUACUUUAUUAUCUAGCGGUCAGUCUAAACGAGUACAUAGUCUGUAGGCAGCCGCUUGCAUCUCUGCAUAGAAGCCAGUGCUGACUGUAGAUUUAUCAGCGUUCUCCACAUGUAGCAUUUUCCAGUAACUCCUCCACUAGUAAGCUGCUCUCAGUCCCUCAUCAUUGCAGGGCUGUCUGGUUCUUGUCUAUUGAUUGCUAUAUUCUCUGUUUUAUCAGUAGUAGGAAACAUCAGUUUAUUUUUUUGGACAGGG